AUUUCCUAUCCUCGCGACCCGCCAACCCAAUCUUCCUCUUUUUCGCACGCCAUCAGCGAUUCAGUCGUCCUCGGAAGCGUUUUCGCAAUCCCCGUCCUGUCGUCCGCACGCCAUCGGCCGCAAUCGCCGCCGUCCGCCGUCCGCCGUCCGUUGAAUCCUUUCUGCGGAGGAGCUCCCCAUUUCAGGUUUUCCUCAAUUUUUAGCCCUCUUCUCGAACUAUUAUCCGGUUGUUGUUUUUGUUGCUGGAGAGGAGGGGCCCUCUUUGAGCUUUGUGUUGUACAUAUCCACCAUGGUAAUUUAACACUUCUGAUAUACCAUUUAACUUUGUUGGCAUUUCAAACCUAAUGAACAUUUCAAUUCAACUCUCUGUCUCUUGAGUACUGUAGCUUUAGACUGAUGAUAUAUUAAUUUUGUCCAUUUCUACUUUAAUUGUCAGCCUUCCAGCUUUGUUUAUAUAUAUAUAUAUAUAUUACACUUAACAGUUAACACUUAAACACUCAUACUAAGAAGAAAAUAAAAUAGUGCGGGGUAGAGUUUAGAAUCUCCAAUUUAAGAAAAGAAUUAGAAUAAAUGACUUGAUCAAUUUGCUUAAUUAUAUUAUAUAUUAACUCUGCUCACAAAUCUCAUACUUAGCCUAUGCAUUUUUCAAAAGAUAUUAUUAUGCUAAUAUCUCUGCUUAAACCCUAAUUAGGAUUUUGUUUUAUUUUUUUAUGGAUGAUUUGACUAAAUUUUUUGAAUGCAAAGUGUGUACGUGAUAUCUCUUGCUAUUAAUUAACCUUCCAUCUUAAUUAACACACUAAAAUGGAAUAUCUUUUUUUACUCUCAUUACAGUGAAAUCAAAUGGAUUCAACGGAUAUGGAGUUAGAGUGUGAUGAGAGUUGUGAAGCUUCAAAAAUCGUAAGGGACGAAGAUACGGAUGGCAAGCGUAAAACCAUUGAUGUUGACCUUGAUUCAUAUGGGAGAGAAGAUGUUCCAAAUCCCCCAAAAAUAAGGAAAAAUGUCAAACAAUCAAUGGUUUGGGACCACUUUGAGAGGCUUAAAGGUCUUGCACGAAUCCGAUCUACUAUAGUGGUGAAGCUACCAAGUUUUGCAAGAAUUCAUUGGAGUAGUGAAGUUAUAAUGGUGCAACUAAUUGAUUUUUAAGACUUUUUAUAGGGUUGGUAGCAAAAUUUUGGUUGCAAUGUACUUAUUUUAACCUUGUUCAUAGCAAAAGGCGAUUAUGUUUAGUCUUUCAUUGUAAACCCUUUACCAAAAAUGGCUAUUAGUUAAUCCUUUUCUACAAAUGUUAUAAAGUGUUGAUUGUUUGCUU